CAGCAAUCCGUAGUUGGAUAUCGGUUAUCCACAAGGCAAUUCAAUGAGCCUUUCCGCCAAUGAAACCAUCGUGGCUGGGUACAGCAUCACACCAUGCCCAGAUGAAAGGAACUAGUGCAUCUGUCCUAGGCAUUCUUUGUGGGUUGUCUGUGUGUUGCCUGCUCUCGGUUCCACCGUCUCCGCUCGUUCGCCAUGAACAGCGAAACAGACCCGAAUCUCCGGGACCUAGUUUAUAUAUAGCACCUGGUCCGGUCCGGAGCCAUGGCCGCCCGCCAGAGCCUCAUUCCUUCGCUCAUCGCCGAGGCUAUGAAGACCCAGUUGUUCUGGCGUAUAAGGCAAUAACGGCCGCAACUGUGAGCCAUCUAUAUCUCGCUCCCAAAUUCCGUGUGGUAGUAAGACCUUACUACGGGAAGGAUUUGGCGACAUGGCGAGCCAUCGGGAUCAGGCUCAGUUCGAGCGGGCCGGCUGGCUGCUCAAGCUCCUCAUCCCCUUCUGGAUCGCACAGAUAACGAUGCUUUUGGCCUUGAUAGGCACCUUCUCGUACCGGCUAUCCCAGACGAUAAGACAUUGGGAAGAGAAAGACAAGGCCGGCAGUCUCCCCAUGGUGGAGCUCGUCUGGGAGUGUACGAAUGUCGGCCUCUCCUUGCUGACUCUGGUGCUCAACACCGUCGAGAUCGCCAAGACAGUGUCUGAAGCCUUGACGCCCUUCUCGAUGGUCUGCACACACGUCCUCAAGCUGACGUGCGCCUUUGCCACCCUCGGCCUCGACAUUUUCGUCUACAUCCGCCGGAGCGACCAAAACUACUCCAUCAUCGGCCUUGCCAUUGACUGCGGUCUCCUUGCCGCGACCCUCGUCACCUUCACCUACUCCGUCAUCACCUUCCGCCGCCUACGUCGGUACGACGACUACCACCUAACCGCCAACGUCAAGCCCUACGGCUUCCGCGACGGCGGCGACGACACAGAGAUGGGCAACCACGUCCGCAUCUCCGCGACCAACAAGCGGCGAUCCGUCUCGGUGACGAGCGCCUACCCGAGCGUCCCGUACGCCUCCCAGACCGGCGCGGGCCUGUCGAGGUCAACAACAAUAACAACAACAACCACAUCCGGCGGCCACGGCAGCAGCGAGCCGUACAGCCACCAGCGCGAUACCCUCUACGACGGCUACCUCCACUCGCGCCGACACUCGUCGAUGAUGAUGCCGCUGGGCAGUAGCAACAGCGGCGGCGCGGGCCUAGCCGCCGUAGGCGCCGACUUCGGCUGGGGCUCGGGGGCUCCACCGGCGCCGGCAGGCCGCAUGGUGGUGCGCUCGGCCAGCUUCGUGGGCGCCGGCGUGGUCCAUGCUUCGACGCCGGAUGCCGGUGGGGAGGUGGCCCGGAGGGAUAGCGAGCAUGGUCUCGUGGCUGUGCCUGAGGACGGCGACGACGACGACGACGACGACGACGAGACGGUCCGAGGCGGCGACGACGUCGACGGCGUCGACGGAGGGGCGCAGAUGGGGCGGCGGCGGGCGGCGAGCGAGGAGGAUACCCGGGCGCUUCUGGGGCCGCGUGGUGGGGAGGAUGUUGUCCCGAGAGGAGAUAUGAACCACCCUGAGACCACCGGGAGGGGCUCAACAUAGCGGGGAGGGUUUCCCCCCCUUUCCUGCGGGGGAAUAUGAAAGGGCGUGGGAUGGGAACAUGUGGAGUCAGGAUGCUCGAAUCUGGAACAUGGGCAGGGUCGGUCGGGCUUCGGACCAUGCUUGUACUGAUGAUUGACGCGAAUGGAAUGAAUUUCUGUCUGUAAAUAGGCAUGUAUGCUGGCUUAUAACGAGGGAGAACUAGGCCAAGGACAUACGGGGGGGAGAUCUCCCACCGUCUUUCCCCGUCGCUGCUCCCUCUCUUCCUCCGCUCCACUAACCAGUCCGCCUCCCCCCGCGCGUCGAGCCCCCCUUCCAGCGCAGCCUCCCGACCCACUGGGCGAACGCGACGAUCUUGGCCUGCUGCAUCAGCAGCUCGACGGUGUGGUAGCGGCGGGCGAGGUCCUCGUGGGAGGCGAAGCGGUGGACGAAGCGGUGGCAGGCGCCACACAGCCAGGCGACGUUCUGUAGCUCAUCCUGGCGGUGCCAGCCACGCU